AUGAGGGGAGCUUGUAGUGUUGAUUCACUUGUGGAAAAGCGCAGGGUACAGCUGUCCUGCUCUGUGUGGGCAAGGUCCUGGAACUUCUGCUUUGUUAAUUCCCAAAAAGCCCUCCUGGCAGAGCUCUGCAUCAGAACCGAGGCUGGCGUGUCCCUGGAGGCUGGCCUGGUGUGGAUCCGUGGGACCCUGAAAGAGCAUCUCAUUACCACUCUGCUGCGAGGCCAGAUCUCGUCCAAGUCAGAAAAAGCAUUGCCUGAUUUAAAAGCAACAAAUGCUACUGUGGUUCCCCGGUCAUUUUUUCUCAGGAAUUCUGAGGAUAAAUUUGAGCCUUUCCCAUUGGAUGAUGACGAUGAGGACAAAAAUGGAAGUGGGUUAAUUGAAGACAGAUUAAGCUCCAUCAAUCACAGCAGGCCUCUUCAAAAACCACCCCCUGCGUUCAUCUCAAAAGAUGCCUUGGGAUAUCUGACCAGCACCUGGUUGACUCUCUUUAUCCCCUCCGUCUACACUGGCGUGUGUAUAAUCAGCCUUCCUCUAAACAUCAUGGCCAUCGUUGUGUUCAUCGUGAAAAUGAAGGUCAAGAAGCCUGCCGUGGUGUACAUGCUGCACCUGGCCACGGCAGAUGUGCUCUUCGUGUCUGUGCUCCCGUUUAAGAUCAGCUAUUACUUUUCCGGAAGUGAUUGGAAAUUUGGGUCUGAAAUGUGUCGCUUCGUCACCGCAGCAUUUUACUGUAACAUGUAUGCUUCCAUCAUGCUCAUGACAGUCAUCAGCAUCGACCGGUUUCUGGCCGUGGUGUAUCCCAUGGAGUCCCUCUCCUGGCGUACCAUGGGGAGGGCGUCCUUCACCUGUAUGGUCAUCUGGGCUAUGGCCAUCGCGGGGGUGGUGCCACUUCUCCUCAAGGAGCAAACCACCCAGGUGCCCGGGCUCAACAUAACCACCUGCCAUGACGUGCUCAAUGAAACCCUGCUCGAAGGCUUUUACGCGUAUUACUUCUCGGCCUUCUCUGCUGUCUUCUUUUUUGUGCCGUUGAUCAUUUCCACGGUCUGUUAUGUGUCUAUCAUCCAGUGUCUGAGCUCUUCCACGGUCGCCACCCAGAGCAAGAAGACCCGGGCUUUGUUCUUGUCCGCGGCUGUUUUCUGCAUCUUCAUCGUUUGCUUUGGACCCACAAACGUCCUCCUGAUUCUGCAUUACGCGUUCCUCUCGCAGAAUCCCAGCACAGAGGCUGCCUACUUUGCCUACCUCCUCUGUGUCUGUGUCAGCAGCAUAAGCUGUUGCAUCGAUCCCUUGAUUUACUAUUAUGCUUCCUCUGAGUGCCAGAGGUACCUCUACAGUAUCUUCUGCUGCAAAGAAAGUUCUGAUCCCAGUAGCAGCAGCGGUCAGCUGAUGGCAAGUAAAGUGGACACCUGCUCUACUAACCUGAAUAACAGCAUAUACAAAAAACUGCUAACUUAGGAAAGGGGCUGCUGGAAGAUUACAAAGAAAUAUUUGAAAAAGCAAAGAACCUGAGGAUUCUAUUAGUCCCUGCCAAAAAAAUAGUAUUUACUCUUUUAAACAAUAAAUGUGUGAUUUGCAUGCCUCCUUCUUGAGAGGGCCAUUAAGGGUAUAUAUUUGUUAGUAACAGAAAAGGAUAACAUGAAUAGAAAACAAUGUUAUUCCAAGACAGUAUUGCAGUGCUACAAUAAUAACUGAAUAUUACUUUUUGAUAUAUUUAGGUGACUUACAUAUAUGUGUGUAUAUAUGUAUAGUACACAGGCUUGCAAUGCAGUAUAGAACAGACACUUUGAAACCCUCUUUUUUCCCCCAAGAGAUUAUGAAAAUAAACUCCAAUUUAAUAUGCAAGGUCUAGGUUGGCGGAGGUUAGCCCAGAGCAUCUGAAGAUGUCCAUCAAUAGUGAAGGAUUCUGUAGUUUGGACUUACACGGCUUUUGCAAAUAAGUUUAUUUUGAAAUUGGUCAACAGCUUUAAGUUAUUAAGAGAGAAAAGUGCUAUCUAUGUGUAGAAAAAAUUCUACUGUUUUUCAUUUUAACCAUAUCAAAGUUUGAAUUCUUUAAAUUAUGGAAACAUGAUAUGGGUAGCAUUUUUUAAAAAUAUAUGUUUUUAUUGAUUUCAGAGAGGAAGGGAGAGGGAGAUAGAAAUAUCAAAGAUGAGAGAGAAUCAUUGAUUGGCUGCCUCCUGCACGCCCCCUACUGGGGAUCAAGCCGGCAACCCAGGCAUGUGCCCUUGACCAGAAGCGAACCUGGGACCCUUCAGUCCACAGGCUGACGCUCUAUCCACUGAGCCAAACUAGCUAGGGCUGGGUAGCAUUUUUGAUGUUUUACACAUUGUAUACAUAAACCAAGAAUGAGCAUAGGCCCCACUAGUGACCUGAGGUUGGCCCCGGAUAGAGGGCUCCAAGCAGUACAUACUAGGCAGGGUCGCUCCAGACCCUGCAGCUGAGCCUCCCAGAGAGUGAGGGAUCCAGGACCACCACAUUCACUCUCCUGGCGUCCCCUCAGGGGUUGGCUAUGAAUGACCGAGUUUAGUAGAAAUUGGCAGAAUAAGAUGUGCUAUCCCAGGAGAUAAUGAAUAUGAAACACUUCUCUGCCCAGUCCUUUUAAGAACAGAAAGAAGGCACGUCACUUCUGGCAGUUACCCUGCAAGGUCCAUUCUCAGAUGGAGGCACCCAUGCAGCAAACAUGACCACCCAUUAUGUGCUCUGGGCACUCUGAUGGGCGCUAGGCAAUAGAGGUGAAUAAGACUAGGUCCUCCCCUCAAGAACAAAGCAGACCAGACAUAGAGUGUGAUGUGUAUAUAAUAAGUAUGUCGUUAUAUAAAGAAGUGUUUUUAGCCAGAUGUCAUCCAACCAGUUCCACACAGCCUGUCAGUUGAAAAACUUUGAACAUUUGGAUUACUUGUUCAAAGUUUUGGAUUACUGCUACAAGUGGUCAUAACUUGAGAUUAAAACACAAUACAAUACAGGAAGUGUAUUUUUGUAAAUAAGUCCUUCAGUCUAUAUACAUGGACACUGUUUAUUUACAAAUGUUUUUAAUAAAUUACCCAAACCAGGUUUUAAAAAAGAAUUAUGUCAGUCUGAUUAGAAAUAACUGAAGAAAAUUAAAUUGACUUUCAGUUCUAGCAAAAUUAUUCUAUAUUUUCUAUUCACUUUUCUUAAUAGUUAGUGAGAUUAUUUUAAAAGCAUUUUUUAGCCCCAUAUUGAGUAUCAAGUAUAGAAAAUCCUCAUGGGUUUGACAAAAUAAUUUGAAAAUUAAGUUGAAAUGUAUCUUUUUUUCCGUAUGAAAAAAAAAUGUUGGCAUCUUAAAUCAAAAAAUGGAAAGUUCCAAGGCAAAUGCUUAUUGAAAAGAACAAACUAUUUCCAAAUGCCAUAGAAUAAUUUACAUUAAAGUGUAUUGUAAGUAGAAGCUAACAUUGAUUUUAUUAAUUUUGUUGCUAUAUUCAUUUUAUCUAACUCAGUGGAGAUUUACUGUCAUUGUUUAUUCAGUCUGUAUAUACAUAUUAAAAUUCCUCUGACUUAAUGUGACCAUCACUAUUUUAUUAUCAGUCUGUACUUAUAAAAUAUUAUGUCACUGUUUUUAUGUUCUCUCUUUUUAAAAAAUAUGUGUAACCUGUAUUAAUAAACACAAAAGUUUGCUUGGUA